ACGUAGAUACUGCCUAUAAAAGACAAGUGAUCUUUCCCAGCUGCAUUCAGACGUCAUCAUGAUCAUGCUGCAGGUGUUGUUGUCCGUCAGUUUGCUGGUUUUAGCGAUUUCUGAAGUAGCCCCCAUUAAUGAACUCGAUGAUUAUGAUGAUGCAAAUGUGGAAAUAUCCGAGGAGCGUCAAAAAAGGGAAAUAAAAUGUGACCCCGCAACGGAUGAAGGUUGCACUACCAAAAAUCCAUUUGUUAAAGAGAAUCCAAAAAAGAGGAAAUCAAAGGUUAAAAAAGGUGGUUCUAAAUUAAACCCAAAUGAUAAAAAGCAACAGUUAAAAAGCGGUGGAGGAAUCUCUGGCACAGGAAAAACAGCUUUGAAAGGUGGAGUUGGAACUGGAGGCACUGGUAGCUUUGAAGCUCAAAACGGUGGAGGUGUUCACGGAGGUGGAACUGGCAGAAAGUCUAGAGGCGGAGGCGUUGAAGUAGGAGGUACAGGAAGCAAACUGGCAUAAACUUUGAAACAGCUGGUCGUUUACAGAAAGUCUGCAAGGAUUUCUAAAAAAUCAGAAUUUAAAAAAAAUUGUAGAUGAAAAACAAAUGUGUCCACCUUAAUUGUUUCACUACUUGAAUAUAUGGCAAAUGAAUACUUUAAAUCUUAAUCAGAAUUGAAAUUCUUAAACAUGCUUGAAAUAAAAAAAUUAUUUGGAAUUCUAA